AUGAACGGGGACGCAUACUCGUCCAGAGAUUCUGGACGCCCGCGGGAUUACUAUAGAGACGAACGAAGAGAUCGCGGAGACCGUGGAGACCGUGGAGAACGCGGAGGUCGUGGAGACCGGGAAAGAGGCGAAAGGAGACGCUCGAGGUCUCCUCACUACGGCUCCGCUCGAGGCUCGCGCCGUGAACAAGAGGCCGACUCGUACUCUUCCAGCCGCGACUACAGGGCCAGAGAGCGCGAAGAUCGCUACUCGGGUCGACGAGACGAACGAGAAUGGGAUCGCGACCGGGGUGACCGUAGUGAGCGGGGCGAUCGGGGCGGCGGUCGAGGUGAUCGAGGGGAUCGUCGACGAAGGGAUUUUGACGACCGUGCCUCGCGUCGGGACCGUGAACGUGGCGACCGUGGUGACCUUUUCGAAGAGCGUCCGCGUCGCAGGGAACGCGAGGGUCGAGGAGGAGGAGGAGGAGGAGGAGAUAGAGAACAACGUCGGAGCAAUUCGCCCCCUCGCAAGAGGGAGCCAACCCCCGAUCUCACGGAUGUUGUGUCCAUCUUGUCACGGAAACGUCGUCUGACCCAGUGGGAUAUUAAGCCACCUGGAUACGAUAAUGUCACAGCUGAGCAAGCAAAGCUAUCAGGCAUGUUUCCUCUUCCAGGCGCUCCUCGUCAACAAGCCGUCGACCCAUCUCGUCUUCAGGCAUUCAUAAACCAGCCAGGGUCAGCGGAUAACUCGGCGCUGAAACCUGCCAACUCCAGACAAGCUAAACGCCUGUUUGCUCACAACUUCCCUAGCACGGUGACCGAGGACGGUAUCGUUUCCUUCUUCAACCUCCAGCUCAACGGACUGAACGUGAUUCUGGGAACCGACCCGUGUAUAUCUGCACAGAUUGCGAAGGACCGUUCAUUUGCACUUCUGGAGUUCAAAACACCUAAUGAUGCUACAGUCGCCCUUGCUCUUGAUGGUAUCACAAUGGCAGAACAUGAUGCCAUGGAAACAGCAAACGGCAGCGCAAAGGGACUUGAAUUGCGCCGACCUAAGGACUACAUUGUUCCAUCAUUGCCUGAGGACCAGCAAGUCCAAGAGGGUGUAAUCUCUAACGAUGUGCCUGACUCGGCCAACAAGAUAUGUGUGACCAAUAUUCCCACUUAUCUUCCGGAGGAGCCGGUCACAAUGUUGCUGAAAUCAUUUGGAGAACUCAAGUCCUUUGUGCUUGUCAAAGACAGCGGAACAGACGAGUCUCGAGGAAUUGCAUUCUGUGAAUAUAUCGAUCCUACCGCGACAACAAUAGCUGUCGAAGCAUUGAACAGUAUGGAACUAGCAGAAAAGCACCUCAAGGUGACUCGGGCCAGUAUUGGGGCCACGCAGGCCUCCGGGCUAGACAUGGGUGUGAACGCCAUGUCGAUGUUUGCAAAGACGACAUCUUCCGACCUCGAAACUAGCCGUGUCCUUCAACUGUUGAAUAUGGUGACUCCUGAAGAGCUGAUUAACAAUGAUGACUAUGAAGAAAUCCUCGAAGAUGUGCAGGAAGAGUGCAGCAAGUAUGGCCAGAUUCUUGACCUCAAGAUUCCGCGCCCGACUGGCGGCAGUCGACAGUCCGCAGGCGUUGGCAAAAUUUUUGUUAAGUUUGGCGAUGUCGACUCUGCAACCAAGGCGUUAAAAACGCUUGCCGGACGGAAGUUUUCUGACCGUACAGUCGUGACGACAUAUUUCUCGGAGGAAAGUUUCGAGGUGGAUGCGUGGUAA